AUGGCCGUGAACCACUCGACGGCCGUAGGCGCCACGCUUCAAGACCUCCCCAAGUCGUGGCACUUUACCGAAUCCCUACCGCCCGAUUCGGCCUUCCCAACACCCGCCGACUCGCACAAGACACCCCGCGAUCAGAUCCUGCCGAGGCAAGUCCGCAACGCCCUGUUCACCUGGGUCCGGCCGGAGCAGCAGAAAGACCCGGAGCUGUUGGCCGUGAGCCCAGCCGCCCUCCGCGACAUCGGCAUCAAGGCCGGAGAGGACAAGACGGACGACUUUCGACAGCUUGCCGCGGGCAACAAGCUGUACGGAUGGGACGAGGACAAGCUGCAGGGCGGCUACCCGUGGGCGCAGUGCUACGGCGGCUUCCAGUUUGGCCAGUGGGCCGGCCAGCUGGGCGACGGGCGCGCCAUAUCCCUCUUCGAGUCGCGGAACCCGGACACGGGCAAGAGGUACGAGCUGCAGCUCAAGGGCGCCGGCCUGACGCCGUACUCGCGCUUCGCCGACGGCAAGGCCGUCCUGCGCUCCAGCAUCCGCGAGUUCGUCGUGUCCGAGGCCCUCAACGCCCUCGGCAUACCCUCCACCCGCGCGCUGUCCCUCACCCUCCUCCCGCACUCCAAGGUUCUGCGCGAGACCGUCGAGCCGGGGGCCAUUGUGCUGCGCUUCGCGGAGUCUUGGCUGCGCCUGGGCAACUUUGACAUUCUGCGCGCCCGGGGCGACCGCGACUUGAUACGGAGGCUGGCCACGUAUGUCGCCGAGGACGUCUUUGGCGGCUGGGAGAAGCUGCCUGCGCGGCUGGAGGAUCCCGAGAAGCCUGGGGAGUCGCCUGUCCCGGGGCGUGGAGUGCCGGAGAAGGAACUCCAGGGGCCUGCUGAGACGGCUGAGAAUAGGUUCACCCGGCUGUAUCGCGAGAUUGCGCGCCGCAGCGCCAAGACGGUGGCCGCCUGGCAGGCGUACGGCUUUAUGAAUGGUGUUUUGAAUACUGAUAAUACGUCUGUAUAUGGCCUCUCGAUAGACUUUGGCCCGUUUGCAUUCAUGGACAAUUUCGACCCGUCGUAUACGCCAAACCACGACGAUCAUAUGCUACGAUAUAGUUAUAGAAAUCAGCCCACCAUUAUUUGGUGGAAUCUUGUACGAUUCGGCGAGGCUGUUGGGGAGUUGAUGGGCGCGGCAGGGCUUGCUGACGAUGCCGCCUUCAUAUCGGAGGGCGUCAAGGAAGACCAGCAGGAGGAAGUCAUAUCACGAGCGGAGAAGCUCAUCAUGCAAACCGGCGAUGAGUACAAGGAGGUCUUUCUGGGAGAGUACAAGAGAUUGAUGACGCUCAGGCUGGGCCUGCGGGAACGCAAACCCGCUGAUUUUGAUGAGCUACUGAGUCCGGCUCUCGACACCCUUGAAGCCCUAGAACUCGACUUCAACCACUUCUUCCGUCGACUUAGCAAUGUCAAAUUGGCAGAGGUGUCCUCGCCGGAAGGGAGAAGGGAAAAGGCUGCCGUCUUCUUCCACACGGAGGGACCGCCGAGUACCGUGAGUGAGGAUGAGGCUCGCGACCGUAUCGCGAAAUGGUUGGACAAGUGGCAUGCUCGCGUGGUGGAGGACUGGAAAGAUGGGGAACUAGUGUCGGACGAAAAGGACCAGGAGAGAAUUGAGGCCAUGAAACGAGUAAAUCCAAACUUCGUUCCUAGGGGCUGGGUCUUGGAUGAGGUUAUUCGGCGAGUCGAGAAGGAAGGAGAGCGAGAUGUUCUGAACCGCAUCAUGCACAUGGCCCUGAACCCGUUCGAAGACGGGUGGCAUGGCAAGACAGUUGAUGGUGUUGCAUACAAAGGGGAUGCCGAGGAGGAACAAAGAUGGGUUGGCGAGGUUCCUCGACCGGGACGGCUCAUGCAGUGCAGCUGUAGCUCAUAG